AAAAUUACAUAGAUACUCGUAUAUUGAAACCUACUAAUGAGUAAGUAAAUUAUAUGUACAACGAAAUAAUUGUCGAAACGACCUUGAAAACAUUUGCAAAAAAACCCCGUAUGACAUUUUCUGGUAUAGGAAGUUAGGUACAGAAAAAAUAUAAAAACUUUCUCGCAGUACAUAUUUUAUCAUACAUUUUUUUUACCAAGGUGUUGAAAAAUAUUGAACGUUACCAAAAUGAGAACGUCAGUCGCGUUCGGAUCUUUUUUAAUGGCUUUUUUAAUAGCCGGAGUAGCUUGCGAAACGCCUCCUGGACAGGGAACAUUGAAUGGUCAACAAUCCGAUACGCAGACAAGUGCCCAAGAUUCUGAGGCACAAAUGAAGGAAUUAAACGAAGAGAAAGCCGAUGAAGAAAAUGGACUGAAGGGAGAAAACGAAGGAGAAGACGAAGCAGAAGACGAAGGAGAAGAAGAAGAAAAAGCAACUAAAGGACCUCACUUAACGUGCACACUUUUCAACGAUAACUCCGCAUGCAACGCGAUGUGCUCGAUAAUGGGUACAAUUUAUGGUGAACCAGUAAGUCCAGGGACCUGUGUAGAACAAGACUGCAAUUGCGAUGUACCACCAAACGCCACCCUCGAAGACUUCUGGAAACUAAAAUUCGACUUUCCGGGUAUUCUGCGAACAAUUCGUAAAAAUAAUAAUCUAUCUGGUAAAAUUUUCGAUGUCCUGAAGAUCCCACACCAAACACCACAACAAACUAAACAAAAUCUGGCAUCACUAUUAACUCCCCAACAACUGAAAAAUCUUCGCUUGAAGAACGAAAAUCUUCAGAAACUAUUCAGAAAACACGGCGCACCGAAUCCUGUCGCUGUUCAGAAAUACAUCAGUGAGAAGCUGAAAUCUCUUAAAACACCACUUAAAAGCAAAGAUUACAAGAAAUUAUUACUCAAAACACUAGACGAUGCGGAUGAGGAUACAUUCAACCACUUCUUGAACACAAUCCGUCGAUCAAAAAAUAAACUUUUGAAUCAAGUUCUCGACAAAUACGUAAGUGAUCACGAAAUUGACGAGUCUGAGAUUCAGUCUGAUGAUGAAGGAGAGAUAUCAAUGAUUGAUAUUUUAGAUACCGCCUUGAUCAACGAAAUCAUCAAACCAGUACCUCGUAAGAUCCAACCCGGCGCUCGUGCUAAAUCACCUUCAAAAUCAACCCAAUCAAAAGAAAAUACUCCCAAAAAGCAGAAUAGCAGUUCCAGCUUACCUGGAAAAACUUCUAAUGAUAAACGUACCAUAAUCGAUAGAAAUCUCUAUACUUUGAACGGAUUCGAUCAGUCACAGGUAGCUCGAUUCAAACAAGGAAUAAAGGGACAGAAUACUUGGGAUAAAUGUUGGAAGGAAACUGAUGUAUAUGAGGUUUGCACGACUCGGUACUCCUUCGCAGAAAUAUUUUUCUGGCAUAAUACGAAACAAGUAAUUGAGAUUACCUUGAGAAAAUCCACUAAUGGUAACGUAAGGCAAAUGUGGAAAUUUAACGGCUACGGUUUAGAAAUACAACGAACAUCAAAUGGUAAAAUCACCCAGUAUUGGAAUUUGCCCAGCGGUUCCUACUGGGAGUACGUUAAGUCUCCUGAUGGUGAAGUUGAUCAGCACUGGGAAGGUGAAGAAGAUUGGAAAUCCGUAGAGUACCUUAAAUCGUUUAUGGAUUCGUGGUGCGCUGAGAAUGGUUCAUACUAUAAUGUGGGAGGAGAACCCUGUAUCAUGUACUGAGAGUGAUUUAGUCGUAAUUCUACGAAAACCUAUUUUCUGC